AUGAAGGCAUAUGUUGAUCAGAUGGAGAAUGAAUUAAACUUGUUAACAAAGCCAUUUUAUAAGAUCAUCAAAGAAAUAAAAUAAAUGUGUAAAAAUUAGACUUCAUGUGAGCUAUUUUCUUUAAGUAUAAACUCCGUAAAAAAUAUAGAUUAUAAGGAAUUAAGCAAAUUAACACUCAGUGCCUUAUAUUAUAAUUUAAAUUAGGUAUCUUAAAAAAUGGAGAAAUCGUUAGCUUACACUAAAAAAGAAUUAGAUUUAGCAUUUUAAUAACUUAAAAAUAUCAUAGAGGCAAUAGAAGGUAAAUAGAAAAAUAAAUAAAAGAAAUCGAAUUUCGCAUAUGAGCAAAGAAGAAAUUAUGAUGAUGAGAUCAGAAGACUUUUUAUCUUCAUAGAGGAAUAACUUUAAGAAAUCUUUAGUAAUUUAUAUAUAAUUACCAAAGCCCAUUUUAAAAGUCCAAAAAAUAAACUCACUUUGUGCAAUUAGAUUUUUGAGAUGAACCUACCAUAUCAAAAGGAUAUUACAUAGGAUUACUGUAAGAGUAUUAGAAGUAUAUUCGAAUAAAACUAAAUUUAAAGAAAAAGAGGUGUCAGCACUAAUCUUUUUUAAGAAAAUAAUAGUCCUUUAAAUAAUAAAGCAUAUGCAGAGAAAUUUUAGUCUGAAACUAAUAUGUCUGCUGCAACAGAGGUCUAAAAUAAAAUUGCUAAUAAACUAAUUUAGAGUGAUCCUCAGUCUAAUGUUUUUUACUCAGAAAAAAUAUAACAAAAAUAAAUACCGAUGAAUUUUGUAAGUCCUAGGAUAGAAAUUAAAACUCCUCACACUAAAAAUAAUUUUCUUAAUAAAAAAAAUUAAGAAAGUACAUCAAAUUAACACUAAUUGAUUAAAUCUAAUUAAUCAUCACAGAAAGCAGACAAUCAAAAUACAAACAUUAACAAUAAAAAUGCAAAAGUUUCUUAUUCAGGUUCAUUUAGUGAUAGAGCUGCGCAUGGAGAAGUGAAUUAGAUGUAUUAAAUUUUUAAGAAUAAACUACCUUUGUAAAUAAACAUAAGUCAGCUAUCUGAAUCAAGAAAUAUAAACCAAAAAGAGGAAUUUCCUGUAUUCUAAUCACCAAAUUUCAACAACAACCUCACAAGAGAAAAUAUUAAUAAAGCAUUUAACAGUCACAGUUAAACUUAAAGCUAAAAAACAACUCUAUCCAGAUAAACCCAUAAUAUAAGAGACAUAACUGCUUCGUGCAUAUAAAAUACAGAAAUAGACCAUUCUAAUUCUAUCAAAACCAGAGACAUUGAUCCAAUUAUUAAUGGAAGUGAUAAUGAAGGAUUAACGGAAAACUAUGAUCAAGAAAUAUUAAAUGACUCAUUUUCAGAGUAAUUUUAUAAUCAAAAACUAUAAGACUUAUUUUGA